AUGAGCAACCAGACAGCAGUAACAGAGUUCAUCCUGCAAGGAUUCUCAGAGCACCCUGAAUACCACAUCUUCUUGUUCUGCUGUUUCCUGUCUCUCUACUGUGUGGCCAUCACAGGAAAUAUCCUCAUCAUCGUGGCCAUCAGCUUCAACCCUGGCCUCCAUACGCCCAUGUACUUCUUCCUGCUCAAUUUGGCUACGAUGGACAUCAUCUGCACCUCAUCUGUCAUACCAAAGGCGCUGGAGGGGCUGAUGGUAGAGAAGAGCUCCAUCUCUUUUAGGGGCUGCAUGGCCCAGCUCUACUUUCUCAUAUGGACUAUAUCCGCAGAGUUGCUGCUGCUCACGGUCAUGGCCUAUGACCGCUAUGCAGCCAUCUGCCACCCCUUGCAUUACAGCACCAUGAUGAGCAAGGCCUUCUGCAGCGUGCUUGCUGCUGGAGUGUGGGUGAUGUGUGCCUUCAACUCAGCCAUCCACACAGGGCUGAUGGUGCGAUUGAACUUCUGUGGGCCCAAUGUCAUUACUCAUUUCUCCUGUGAAAUCCCUCCUCUGCUCCGUCUCUCCUGUAGCUCCACUUAUGUGAACAGUGUCAUGACCACACUGGCUGAUGCAUUCUAUGGCAUAUUCAAUUUCCUCUUGACCAUUGUGUCCUAUGGCUUCAUCAUCUCCAGCAUCCUGAAGAUGAGGACAUCAGAGGGAAAGCAGAAAGCCUUCUCCACCUGCUCCUCCCACCUCAUCGUGGUGUGCAUGUAUUACACGACUGUGUUCUAUGCCUACAUCAGUCCCGUGUCCAGCUACAGUGCAGAGAAGAGCAAGGUGGUUGGAGUGCUGUACACCAUGGCGAGCCCCACCCUCAACCCCCUCAUCUACACUUUGAGGAACAAGGAGGUCAAAGCUGCCCUCAGGAAACUUGUCCCUUUCUUCAAAAACUAA